AUGACCCCCAGAAGGGCCCUGUUUUCUUAUUUCCUCUUGUCGAGUGCUUUAAAUGGCUUGGAAUUCAUUUGGUACUUAUUGCUUUUUAUUCGGUUUCCUUUUGAUCCACACAGUUACUCUCUUGUUUUUUUUUUCCCGAGCUACCGUACUUGUUAUCAUGGGAAGUUUUCACAAAGUCAUACAUGGGCCAUGAUAACCAGUAGAAGGGACUAGAGACAAGUAGCUGUGUCCCCUUUCAUUAUUUGUUCUUUCCAUCUUCCAUAUCUCUUUUCCAACAACUGUUUCUUAACUGAGCUCUCCUCCCGACGAAGGUUCUCUGGGGAAUAUAAUGGGCCUAGUUUUUCAAAA